GCAGCCAGAGUUGCAGAGAAGCUGAGACCAACUCAGAAACCUCCAACUCUCAGGCUGAAGUUCCGGUGCUCACCCUCUGACAUGAAGGUCUCCGCAGCGCUUCUGUGUCUGCUGCUCACAGCAGCUGCCUUCAGCACCCAGGUGCUCGCUCAGCCAGAUUCAGUUACCAUCCCAAUCACCUGCUGCUUUAAUGUGAUCAAUGGGAAGAUCCCUUUCAAGAAGCUGGAUGGCUACAUGAGAAUCACCAACACCCAGUGUCCCCAAGAAGCUGUGAUCUUCAAGACCAAAGCAGACAAGAUGGUCUGUGCUGACCCCAAGCAGAAGUGGGUCCAGAAUUCCAUAAAGCUCCUGGAUCAAAAGUCCCAAGCCCUGAAGCCUUGAACCUUCCUACCUGGAUUGAGAGCCUUGGAAAAUCUUAUUUAUUUCCGCCCACCCCCUCCAACCUUCCCCAGGUGUAUUAUUUUAUUAUA